AUGCAGUCACCGACUGCGCACGAGCUGAAGUUGUUUUCACCGCUGUCGGACGCACCACCCCACGACGCUCUUCAUGACAUUCCUAAGCUGAUCAUGCGUGAGGAGACUGACACUCCGCCUGGCUCUUUUGCCCUUGUCCCAGUCUGCUUCGCAAUGGAGCAGUCGUGGCACCAGGUGUACAGAAACUUCGAGGAAGACCCUUACUUGGGAGGCAAGACCAAGUGCAUUAAAGGGACUCACACUGGAGAUCUUGUCGGCGAUUCAGCGGUGGUGAUAUUUGAGUACCCACCUGACGGAAUCAUAAAUACAAUAAUCAAGCUGAUGUCUUCGCCUGGGUACACAGCAAAAAACGUUCUCAACGUGCAGCCCGUUGACCAGCCUGGAUCCAGCGUAAAUCUGACAAUAUCCUAUCAAGACUGCCACUCAUGCAAAGUGAUCCGACACAGCUAUAUUAAUGAAGGCAAAGGAUGCAGCUUGUGGGUGACUGGUGCUGGACUUGGCCAGCCCCAUACAUGUUGCGAUUACAUCUUUGAACUAUUGUGUGGACUUCACCCUGCCUACAAGAUCUACGAUCACAGCUGCCAAUAA